AUGGCCUCAGGAUUGUUUGGUCUCCCCAUUACAGAGGAUACGGUGAGAGCCACCGGAGAGUAUCCGGAACCCAUUACCCAAAGAGAUGUUGCAGACUAUGCCAUGAAGAUGAAGAACGCCAGUGGUAAGGAUCUCGAAGCACAACAAUUCGUCGACAACCUCAAGGAAAGAUACGGUAAUGGAAUAAGUACAAAGUGCCUCAUCUACAAUGCCACCGGUGCCACUCUGGACUUCAUCACCUACAAAGAUUGGCAGGGCCAUAUCUUUGAAACACCCCACCCAUCACAGAUUCAGAAUGGGCAGUGGGGGGCAUUCCUCCAUGUCCACCCAAAAGCAGCUGCCAGAGGUUCAGCUGGUGCCGCUGUGUAUCGUACCAAGAGACCCUCCGGCAGCGACUCCUGCGAUUGGUUGUUCUGUUGGAGCAUCCCCUACAUCGGUGACAACAGCGUGUACACCGAAAUCCGUGAUGAAGGGCACUUCCCUCAGCACUGGGACUAUAUCUACCAUGAGAGGCUGGAAAAAGCAGAUCGCAACUCUUCUGAUAACGGCUAUGGAUAUCGUUCCAAGACUGAGAUCGGUGAAGGCACUACUGUUAACGCGCGUGCAACUUUCGAGCUUCCUAAAUGA